UCGUGACCUUGCACCGCCUGUCUGAGCUUGUAGUACAUGUCUGCUGCAGUUGCCAUGACCGCUCUCACAUCGACUGAAAUAACAAAUUUUAGGCAAAUGUUAAAACGGCGGUAGUCGAGCUGCUGUGGCGUGGGAUCGAGCCGAGCGAAGGGAAGUUCAGGGGAUAAAAUAAAAGGUUCUGAAAGCCAGACUGAGGAAAGCCAGACUAAUUCCAUCAAAAUGGCAACCCCCUAUGUGACAGAUGAAUCUGGGAAAUACAUAGCUGCAACUCAGCGACCCGAUGGGACAUGGAGGAAGCCGAGACGGGUGAAGGAUGGUUAUGUCCCCCAGGAGGAGGUCCCUGUGUAUGAAAACAAAUACGUCAAGUUUUUUAAGAGCAAACCCGACCUGCCUCCUGGCAUGAGCCCAGCAGAAGCAGCUCCACCGAAACAGCAGCAGCAAAAGAUACCCGGCUGUGCGGACAGCGAGACGGCCGGUCUGUCAAAGACGGCGAAACGCAACAUGAAGCGCAAGGAAAAACGAAAACAGCAGCAGCUCCAGGAUCAGGACGGCGAGGCGGAGGUGGAUGCGGUGAGCAGCGGCGUGGAGAACGUGUCCAUCUCAGAGAGAGGCGAAUCUGCCACCAAGACACAGGGAACCACGUCGGUUUCAACACCAGACGAGUCCUCAGCGGCUGCAGCAGCGGGAGCUGAAAAGGCCAAGAAGAUCAAAAACCUGAAAAAGAAGCUGCGGCAGGUGGAGGAGCUGCAGCAGAAGGUGGACUCAGGGGAAAUAAAGCAGCUGACGAAGGAUCAACUGGAAAAGCUGGGCCGCGCUGAGACCUUACGAGAAGAGCUGGAGCAGCUGGAACGCGACUCCUGAGCCGGAAAAAAAGUGCGAGUCAGACUAAUCAUGCAAAUUGCAAAUCGGAAGGGACAUUUGCAACUUUCACAAACAAUUUCCCUAUUUGACAUCCAUCGUGAAUGAUGGCAGGAAGCGCAGCUCUAAGGACAGCAUGUCUGUGUGGCAGACAUCACACCUGUUUUCUUUAGUUCUAGUUUGUGACCCAAAUAUACUUUUAACUAUCUUUUAAACAGAUCUUUGUGGCUUGUUUCGUGCUUCUAUGUUGUUUCCAUUUUUGUAUUUUUAAUCCCAUCUGGAACCACAGGAAAUAAAAACACAAAACUUUGUGAAAGAG